AUGUCGGGCGGAAAUGACGUCAUUGCCUCGCGACAAGCGUGCACCUUAGAGGACGCCGAGCAAGGCAUGGAACACCUUGGUGCUUUACUACUGCUGUUGACGUGUGUGUCACGUUUACAUUCAACAGAAGGUUUUCCAGAGUGUAGCAUAGAGAAGUUUAUGUGUAAUAACCGCAGAUGUGUGCCUCUGAAUCUUCGCUGUGACGGUGUGGAGGACUGUGGAGACAGCAGUGAUGAGAUCUCCUGUUUGAAUUGCACUGGUGGCUCCUUCCACUGUGUGGCAGCAGCACGCUGCGUUUCUUCCCGCAGUGUCUGUGAUGGCAAGCCUGACUGCUCUGAUGGAGCAGAUGAACAGUUAGACACAUGCGCACAGACUUGCACUAGGUCACAGUUCAGGUGCACAAAUGGACGCUGUGUGCCCAAUUCAGGGAGGUGUGACAACAUCAAAGACUGUGAAGAUGGCAGCGAUGAAGAUAACUGUGAUGACAACGAAUGCGAGAUCAAUAACGGUGGCUGCUCUCACCUGUGUAUUGAUCUGCCCCUUGGUUUCAUGUGUGACUGCCCCAGUGGAAUGAGGCUGGUCCAGGACACACACUGUCAGGAUGUGGACCACUGUCUUGAUUCAGAUGUGUGUGAUCAUAUUUGUGUCCGUACCAAUGGAUCUCUUGCGUGUGAAUGUCAGGAUGGGUAUGUGCUGACUGCUGGGACUGGAGAAUGCAAGGCUACAGGUGUUGCUGCUCGUGUGGUGGUCAGCACUCACGAAGGUGUUAAAUGGUUGGACCUCAGUGGCUCUGAGAAAAGAAACAUCACAUAUAAAAGAGCCUCACCAGGACCUGUUUCUGCCCUUAAUGCGAAUAACACGUUAUACUGGAUCAUUCCUGAGAAUGACAUCAUCUACAGGAUGUCUUUAGACUCCAGUGACCUUAGACCAGCUGUGUUGUUAAAGGCCUCCACAGGCAUUCUGGGAUUAGCGGUAGACUGGAUCCGAGAGCUUUUGUACUGGGUCAGCACCAGAACUCAUGCUUUACACGUGGCCUCUCUGAAUGGCUCCAAACAAAGUGAGCUUAUCUCUGGGCUCUCCAGACCUACUGCAGUUGCUGUCCAGCCGCUGCUAGGGUAUGUGUUCUGGGCAGAUAGUGCAGCGUCCCCCAGAAUUGAGCGUGCCAGUUUGGAUGGGACGAGCAGAAUAGAACUGAUAACUUCAUCUAUACGUUAUCCUGUCGCGAUCUCUUUAGAUAUCCCUCGUGGUCUGCUGUACUGGGCUGACUCUGGUCUGCGCAUAAUAUCAAGGGUUGCAUUUGAUGGGCAACAUAGAAAGACAGUUGUAGAGUCCAACGGAUAUCUAGAUCAACCAUUUGGACUGGCCGUAUUUGAGAGUCGAGUGUACUGGAGUGACCAGUUGACCAACUCUAUUUGUAGUGCAGACAAGCACAAUGGCAACAUGCUCCAGGUUUCUCAGAGACUCGGUUCUGUUUCACCAGCUGGACUGGUCAUCCUUCACCCACUGUUACAGCCUUCAGGCAAUGAUCUGCUGCAGUCGGAAACAAGAACACCAUUUCCUGAUUCACAAUUUGCAUGGCUCUUCUCACUGACUGUCAUCAUCAGUUUGCUGCUGGUGGGCGCAGUGCUGUGGCGGCAGAGGUCUGAAUUCUGUGCUCCUCGUUCUCUUUCUCUUGGAGACGAGACGCUUAAAGAAUCCCAGGAUCCUCUUCUGUUAUCCAGGCUGCCUGUAAUACAUGAGCGUAAAGGAAGAGCCACGGAUGGCACACAGAAUGGUUCAACGCACUGACAUGGACAGAGUUUUCCUGUGAGAGGACCUCUACAUUUCCUGUGGUGGAUAUCACAUCCCCCAUUUCCUGCUGUGUUUGGGAGAGAAACUAAAGUGAAACUAAAGUGAGGCAGGCAGAUGGAUUCCACACAAACAUCCUGCUUGCAGACCCCAAAAAUGCGCUUAAAUACUUGCCAAAUGUCUGUUUAUGAUUGAUAAUCACAGAAUUAAUCAAACAAAGCAUUCAAAUCAAACUAAGCAUUCAGUGGAACAUGUUUGUCUUAUAAAAAUAUGCUAUUGUCACUGUAUCAGACUUUUUAGUCCUUUAACUGAAUUGUAUCAGUCUGAAUGAUAUCUUUCCGUUUGCAUUGGGGAUUCCACUGGACACGGAACAGCAAAAUGUCACCAUAACAGUGUUCUGAGCUUCAGGUCAAUAAUUAAUCAACCAUGUUAUAUGGUACAAACAGUGCUGUGAGUCAUUACAUGAUAUUUAUCUGUUUCGAGCUUGUUUAAAGGUGCUGUUCUGUUUAGUUCUUACUGCUGUAUUUUAUGAAGUGAUAAAUGUCCAUUCUUCAUUGAAUGUGUAGGCGCACAAUUUGACCAAUCUGUCUUGUCUUUGUAUGUGUGUGCAUAGAGACAAAAUCAGUUUGGAAAAUAUUUUAUUUUGAAAUUCACCAGUGCUGUUAAUGCUUUAGACUACAGAGAUAGUUGUGUUUAUUUAUGUAAGGAGAGAUUUUUCUGAGAGAUUGGAUCACUUUUCCUGUUCUCUUCAAGUUAUAGUGUUAAAACUGUUAAUCAUUUAGGUGUAAAACAGGUUUUUGCUCUUCCUUCUGAUUGUAUAUAGUUUGAAAAAAAUGUGGUUUGAAUGCUUUUAAUGACUCAUGGUAAAGGGAGAAAUAAAAUAUAAGUUGGAA